CCGUCCUCUACCUGACAGCUCAUCGGAAGACAUGCACACAACCGAUCCCCGGGCUUCCCGCGAGUAGAGCUAAAGGGCCGCUCUAGCGGGUCUGUGUGUACCGGGAGUCCUGGGCUGGACACUGAGCCGCUUCCCGCUCCGCACGGCACGGCACGGAGGCAUGGCGCGCUCCUGAUCCCGGCAGGACGCCCGGACAGCUCGGCUCGGUUCUUCCCUCAGUCACAUCUUGGAUCUCUUUCGACACUGAGAGGCCUGACCAUGUCUGCGAGAGAGAAGGGGAUCCCGACCAAAGACAGCGUCAGCCUGCUGCCCUGUUUCUAUUUUGUAGAGCUGCCGAUCCUGGUAUCGUCUGUGGUCAGUCUGUACUUCCUGGAGUGGACGGAUGUGUUCAAGCCGGUGAAGUCUGGCUUCAACUGCCACGACCGCAGCCUGAGCCUUCCCUACAUUGACCCCAACCGCGAGGUCAUCCCCCUCCUGAUGCUGCUCAGCCUGGCCUUCGCCGGACCCGCCAUCACGAUAAUGAUUGGAGAGGCCAUCUUGUUCUGCUGUCUGUCUCGGAGGAAGAGUGGCGGCGGGGUCGAGGCCAACAUCAACGCCGCCGGCUGCAACUUCAACUCCUUCAUACGCAGAGCGGUUCGCUUCGUUGGCGUUCACGCUUUCGGUCUUUGUGCCACGGCCCUCAUCACUGACAUCCUCCAACUGAUGACGGGCUACCCGACACCCUACUUCCUCACCGUGUGCAAACCCAACUACACCACGCUCAACGUCAGCUGUGAGCAGAACCCCUACAUCCUGGAGGACAUCUGCUCGGGGGCCGACUCUGCAGCCAUCAUUCAGGGCAGAAAAUCCUUCCCAUCACAGCACGCUACCCUCGCGUCCUUUGCCGCUGUCUAUGUUUCGAUGUACUUCAACAGCACUUUGACAGACUCAUCCAAGCUGCUCAAGCCCCUACUGGUCUUCUCCUUCAUUAUCUGUGCCAUCAUUUGUGGCCUGACCCGCAUUAUUCAGUACAAGAACCACGCCAUCGACGUCUACCUGGGCUUCCUGCUGGGAGGAGCCAUUGCUGUCUACCUGGGGUUGUAUGCAGUCGGAAACUUUCAGUCUAGUGAGGAGGCCAGUGUUAGUCCCCCUCCCAUGCUACACCGCCCCCCCUGCUCCUUGCCCCACAUCAGCCAGGAGGCCGUACUCCACCACCUUCAAAUGAAAGCCAGCAUGGCAGGGGAGCCCGGCAUGCCCACCUCCCACUCUGAGGGCCUGCUCCACCGAGGCCUUCCCCUGCAGAGGCCUGACGACUGUCUGCAGCGUUCCAGCGCAGAUGUGGAAGUGAUCUCCCCCCGCAGCCCCCACAGCAAAGACGCCAUGGCGACCUUCAGCCACACGCUUCCUCGGGUCCACACCCCCCAGGCCAUGGCAGCGUACGAGGAAGCAGCCAGACGUCACGCCGCAACCCUCCACCAUGCCUCCAUGGACUCCAGCCGCUCGAAGCAGCUUCUGUCUCAAUGGAAAAGUAAGAACAACAACCACAAAUGCUCCCUGCAGAUCCCUGACUCCUUCUCGUCCUCCGUGGACUCGUCAUCGGGCCAGUCCUCGCAGCAUCCUCACCACCACGGCAGCAUGGAGCUCCGAUCCAGCUCCGAGCCAUCGGCUAUGGGCCUGAACGGAGGCUUCGAUGCUCACGCGUACAUGUCCAAACUGGCCACAGGCGCCAGCACCACCCUGCCCAGCAACUGCAGCGGCAUCACCGGAGGGGCCAGGAUAUCCAUGCAGUCCAGACCUGGGUCUUCACAGCUCGUUCACAUACCAGAGGAAGCCCAUGAGAAUUACAACCCCACCUCCCCGAGGACGGGGGGAGAAGGAGGGAGCGAGGGGAUGUCGACAGUAAAUAGCACAGUUCAGGCAAACUGGCAACGGGCGGUGGAGAAGACCGCAGCCUGCAAGACUAACGAUAGUGGGCACAACAGCCAGCCGCGACUCAUGCAAGUCAUUGCUCUUUCCAAGCAGCAGGGCCUGCUACAGACCCAUUCCAAGAGCUUAGACGAGGGCAGCGUGGGCUGCGGCGCCAUCGGGAGCUGCCAGGGCUCUGCUCGCUACAGGGCACUAACUGACCAAGACCCCACCAGCAUCACGGGGCCGAGCUCGUUGGGCAGCACCACAGGCAGUAUUUCAGGGAGUACUGGAGCAAUUGUCAGAGUGGAGGCCCACCCUGAAAACAGACCGGUGAUCCAAGCACCGUCCACAGAUGGGAGCGGAUCAUGGAGGUGGCGUUCCCUGGACCAUGGCACUGGGGCUGGUGCAGGUACAGGGACCAGUGGAGCAGGAGGAGGAGUUGGGAGUUUGAAGCAGUCCUUCGAGCUCAACGAUCUAAACCGAGACUCGGAAAGCCCAGACUCAAUACGUGAAGGGUCCAUUGACAGGAAGCGAGGCAAUCACAUCGUUACCACCACCGCCACCGUUAGCACCCCGCCCAUAGUGACUGUUCACACCCAGAACAAUGGCCAGUCGGAGCAGAGGCUCCACCCGCAGGGGCUUUCCACCAUAAGGGUCACUCCGGGGGAUGGUUGCGGUUCUGGAUCUGGAGGAGGCGGUGGCGGAGGAGGAGGUGGAGAGAGCGCAUCAGAAACCCCCUCCGUCGCUUCCAGUCGGGAGUCCACGCUGCGGAGAAAAGGCAAUAGUAUCAUCCUGAUUCCAGAGCGAGCCAACAGCCCGGAUAACGCCCGCAACAUUUUCUACAAAGGAACGUCCAUAACUCCUGUUUUCAAGGACUAACGUACGGAAUGACUGGAAACUUUGGAGAAGAUGGAGCUAAUAAUGCAAGAAAGCUAGAUUUUUCAGAGAACCCCAUAUCUGUGACUAAGUCAGUAUUACCUGCCACUGUAUAUAUCAUAAUAAGGUUUUAUCCAGCAUGAGAGUUUUUGUACGUGUUAACACUAAAUCACAACCUUUUAAGUGUUGUAGAAAUAAUCACUGUGUACUUUUGUGGUCACUCCUUAAGAAACCUAUUGUAAUGUCCAUGAUGUGCCAGUGCUUUGGGGACAGGAGAACCUUUUAUAAACAGUUCUGUAUGUUUUGGAUGUAAAUCAUCAGAAAAAAAGAAAGUAGCACAGUAACUGUAGCAAACUACAGCAAACUAAGUGUAUCAUAGCUGUGGAGCCAGUGUUUACUCCCAUGCACUGAAAAUACUGUGUAUGUUUGAAAAGGGUGCUACACCUGAAAAUACUAUUUACUAUACGACAUACUGUAUCAUUUGAAUAGAUAAAGAAUGAAUUAUUUUAGAGUAAG